GAUCCGUUAAGUUCGUUCUGUGUGUUUCUUUCUCUCUUACGCUAGGAGGGAAAAUGGCGGAGAGCGGCAAGAGCAAAAGCGGCCCGGCGGCUCCUUCCGGUGGGGGAGGUGGUACCGCGGCUGGAGGUGCUGCCAAGCCCCUGACAGCAGAGCAGGUGGUGGCUGGAUUUAACCGCCUGCGUCAGGAACAGCGCGGCCUGGCCUCCAAGGCAGCUGAGCUGGAGAUGGAGCUGAACGAACACAAGUUGGUCCUUGAAACUCUCCGGGAGGUGGACCCUACUAGGAAGUGCUACCGGAUGGUGGGGGGAGUGUUAGUGGAACGCACUGUCAAGGAGGUUCUUCCCGCCUUAGAAAACAACAAAGAGCAGAUCAGCAAGAUCAUAGAGACACUGAGCCAGCAGCUGCAGACAAAAGGCCGGGAGCUGAAUGAAUUCCGGGAAAAACACAACAUCCGUCUGAUGGGCGAGGAUGACCAGAAAGCUCCUUCCAAGGAAAGUCCUGAGGGGGCAGGCGCCAAAGCCAGCUCUGCAGGGGUCUUGGUCUCCUAGGGAGAAGAGGGGCUUGCUCUCUAAGGACUUUCCACCUCUCGCUCCAGAGUUGCAGUUCCUGAUCUCAAAGGCUUAACUUUAAUAUUAUUAUUGUUAUUAUUAUUUUGGUGUCCUCUCUUUACAGUAUUUUUGUUAAAAUAAACAGUUUUUGU